AUGUACGAGAACAGCUACGUGCUGGACCCGAAGAAGCCGUUCAGCAGUGACCGCGUGUCCCUGCUGCUGCACGACCUACUCGAGGGGGAGGAGAUGAGCUACCCAGAGCGCUACGACCCGGACAGCGCGCGCAAGCUGGCGCACGACGUCGCGGCGCAGCUGCGCGCCGGUAUCAAGGACCUGGCGUUCGACAGCUGCUUGAGAGCUCUACCCAUGUCCAGGUACCGACUGGUGUGCCUCUGCGAGGUGGUGGAUAAGAGAGGGCAGACGGCGGCACAUGGGAUGCGAUUCCUCUGGGAUGCCGAGCGGGACAACUUCGCCUGCUACACAGUUGAGAAGAACUACUACUACAUGAUAGUUACCGUCUUCGGCAUCUACACCGACUGA